AUGACUAAGGAGACUGGAAAUAUGCAGGCCUGUGCUUCAUGCAAACAUCAAAGGAGAAAAUGUGACGAAAGCUGUGAGCUAGCUCCAUUCUUCCCGGCAAGCAGGUAUAGAGAGUUUCAAAAUGCACACAGGCUCUUUGGGGUGAGCAACAUUCUAAAGAUCUUAAGUGCAGUCGAGCCAAGCCAAAAAGAAGCUGCUGCUGAAUCAAUACUCAUGGAAGGAAACGCAAGGAAAAAGGAUCCUGUGCAUGGUUGUCUUGGUAUUGUCCGUAGCCUUGAGUCCCAGAUCAAGUUCUAUGAAAAGCAGCUUGAUUUUGUGACUCGGUUCCUUGCCCUUUCCCGUGAGAAAGAGAAGCUCGAGCUGCAGCAGCGAAAACACAACUUGGACGAUUAUAUAAGAAGUAGUACUAGUACAGAUUCUCCAUUAGCAUCGCAGCAGCUUGAUGAUGAUGAUCAACUUGAUCAUGGGUUUAAGUAUCUGACACCAAUUCUGCUGCCUGAAUUACAUGGCGAAUAUUUAGGAGGCAUCAUGAAAAACUCUCUACCCAGUGAUAAAUAUAAUUAUCAGUCAACCUUAGAAGAAGGUGUGGAUGUGAAACCCUUUGACAUUCAGCAUUUAGAUCAAAUGUUGGAAUCUUAUCAGCAGGAUAAUUUUGUUGCAAGUUUCAGAGGACCUGGAGAAUCUUCCCGCAGUAGCCCGAUCUCCAAAGCCCAUGGUAGGCAGCCUUUGGAGCGUGUUGGUGAGGGAGAUACACAAAACGAGGUCGGGUCAUCUACAAAAGGAAAGGACGAUAGAGACAUUAAGGAUGAAUGA